AAUCGGUAAAAUGCAAGUUAGUUCACAUGACUAUUAUGAAGGAUGUGGUCGCGAGGGACAAAUUCGUUGUAUAUUCCUCAGUGAGUUCCAUGCGACAGCUGGUUGCAAAAUCACCUGCCAGGUGCCCGCGGACUAUGUUAGCAAAGAAGUAUUUGAUGCGAUUAAUGUGUACAUCAUACCGAAACCCCACCUACAGCGCUGUAUACUGACAGUGAAUGCGAUGGAUGUAAAAAUAGUGGGUUAUCCAGUUGGUAUUGAGAAUCAGCAGAAGUAUGCGCGUAAUGCGUUCCUAUUCAAUUUAUGCUUUGUAUGCGACUCGUGGGCAAGAUCAGUGCAGUAUGAACCAGUGGUAAAAAAAUUAUCAGAGUAUUUGAUAAUGAUGGAAGAAGAGUCGUGCUUCUUGUCGAAAGAUGGCGAUAACAAGAUGAAGUUGCAAAAAAUAUUUGAGACUGUAAUAAAGGAUUUGAAUGAAAAGAAAGUAACUACAAUUGUGGAAGGAGAUACUACAAUUUAUUUAAAAAUAGUAACACAUAAGCCUGACCCACCUGUUGUAAAAGAUCACAUGGUGCCUUUGCUAUUAGUGGACUUUAAAAAUACACCUCUAGAUAAAUGGGAUUUAACUACGCAACAGAUCUUCCCAUACAUUAAUGGGAUCAAUCACAUUGCACGAAUAGCGGCCGAAGCAGAUGUAGAAACUAAUUUGGUAAAAUCCUGCAUUCAAAAUUUGGCUUAUUAUGGUGUUGUACAUCUACUGCCUAUACUCAAGUAUAGCAACGUCUAUAUGUGCACGCAACAUUUGAAGAGUUUAAUUAAAAUUCCCUCAUUGAGUCACGCCUGCCGCAAAUAUGUUGCACUAAAUCCUGAUAAGUCACAUCCAUCAAUACAGAAAAUCUUUCAAUUUUACGCAUCAAUGACGCAUGGCGUUACACUUCGUGCAAUUUGUCAACGCUUGUGUCCACAAAAUUACAACAUCGAUGAAAGAAAACUAGUCAUAUUUGGUUUGCAACAUAAAUUCAUACGCUGCAUUCACAAAUAUCCUGUGUUUACGGGUUCUGUGCCGUCGGGGCGUCAAAAAAUGUAUACAGGACUUUCGAGCUUUGAUGAGAUUUGCUGUAAAACAGGCCUAUCGCCAUUUAAUAUCGAGAAGGACAUCGAUAAGGAUACUAACGUGACGGUAAUAUGGAAAUAAGGUAGCACUUUGCCGUUUUUGGUUAAAACUUAGCACGUUAAAUUAACUACUUACUGGAGAAUACGCAUUAAUUCUACAAUGUGCAUUAAGUUUUGAUUUAGAAUUAAGACUAUAAAUACGUUGCGACAUAUUUUAAAGGUUAAAAAUAUUUUUGAAUAUUUCAAACAAGAAAAUGAAAAUCAAUUAAAUGGUAAGUUUUCUCUUCAUUUUAA